AGAGUUAUUAUCUCGCCCGCGCACAGCGCUCGCGUGCUCUCCGGCUGCGUUUCUUUCUGGCCCGGUGCUGAGGCAUUUUACUGAAUUGUUUUGUUGCGUCUUUUCGUGGUUGUUGCCAGCGUCGAGGCAGCGAUCUGCAGUCUUUGACGAGGCAUUUCUUCCAUCCCAAUGACCCCAAAGACGCUCGAUCAUCUCAUCUUUCUCGCCGCCCUGUGCGGUCCUGCUGAACACGCCUAACUAGUGCUGCUUGGACUGGCCAUUAUCCCCGGGUUCGAACGGACUGCGCUCCUCCAUAUUAUUCCUGGCGACACUGGUCACUACUGAUAAGCGAUCAUCUCUUCGCCGCACUGGAUCUGGAGAUAACUGACACCUGGCUCCUGCAUAUCGCGCCGUGCAACAGCUGGAUCGUCCUGCUGACAAUAGCCAAGCGCGGCCUGUCGUGCCUAUCUACAUAUUCACCUAUCAGCACACUACGUCAAAGCCCUUCGCCACUCGAGCGGACAUGGCUACAGCGAUCGCCAUUGCCCCCAUGGCCCCACCACCUUCUCCUCGCCCCAUUGCCGCCUGGUCCUCUCCCAAACAACAGACCGCCGGGGAAGGCAAGGAAAACCGCCCAGCUUUGAAGCAGGUCCAAAGCACCACACCACCUGCCAAGCCCAAGAGAGAACGACCCUGCGACGGCUGUAGACGCCGCAAGUCCAAGUGUGUGCUGCAAGAGAACCGCAAAUGCGUUCUCUGCGAGUUCCACAAACAGGAAUGCACGUUUGUGGAGAACGCACAGCCCAGGAAGCGCAAAGCGCCGGACGAUGCAUCGAAGAACGAUAGCAGCAGCCCCAUGAAGAAGAGUAGCCCUGUCGCUCAGCGUAAAGCAGUCGCUGUUCCUCCUGCUGUCAGGGCCGUCUCUGUUCCUCAUUCGGAACCCAUCUCACUACCGGUGUCCAGUCAGCCCCCGAUGAGGAAGCCUUUUGCAGUGGACGAGUCAUUGAGCUUGCAGAGACAUCGACACUGCAAGUACUUGGGCCAGACGACGCCAUUGGAUGCUUCUCUCAUAGGGCUGGGAACGUUCAAUGACAAGAACGAGACCCAGUCACGGCUCGGCACGCUUCGUCAGGUCACGAGCACUGAGUACUUUAGCACACAUGACGAUGCCAGUGUUGCGAUACCUGACGAUGAAGCUCGUGCUCUGAAAGAGAUUGAGCAAGUCGUCGGCAGCCAUGGCCCUGCUCUGAUCGACAUCUACUUCCGCAAUGUGCAUCCCAGCUAUCCGAUCAUUCAGAAGCAGGCCUUCCUCGAUCGACAUCGACAUGGUGACAGGCACUUCAACCCACCUUUACUUGCUGCGAUGUACUUGAUGGCACUCGUUUGGUGGGAACAUGACCCGGCAUUGGCUUCACAUCCUAAACCAGAUGUCACGAGACUGGAAUACAUCGCGAUGGCCAGCUUGACGAUCGCAAUGCAGAGACCAAAGAUCUCUGCAGUACAAGCAGGACUUCUACUGCUGCAACGUGCAAAAGCCAGCACAUGGACACUGACAGUCCAGCUCGUCGCACUCGGCCAGGACAUUGGCCUUCACCUCGACUGCUCCGACUGGUCAAUACCACGUUGGGAGCGAUUACUUCGCAAACGACUAGCAUGGGCCUUAUACAUGCAAGACAAAUGGAGCGCCGUCAUCUACGGUCGUCCAUCUCACAUCAACGCAUCCGACUGGAACGUCCCGCAACCCACCGAAGACGACUUCGACGAAAGCAUCGACUCCGCCAACAACACCUCGUCCGAAGAAGUCGACUCCUACUCCACCAAAGGCCGCAUGGUCUUCAUGCAAAUGAUCUCCCUCACAGCAAUCAUGGCCGAAGUCUGCGAAACCUUCUACAGCGAAACAGCCAAAGCGCAAUUCGCCCAAGCAGGUCGCUUCGCAACACAACUCGUCCUCAAUCGCGCAAAACCUGUGCAACUCAAAUUGAAGGACUGGAUUGCUAAGCUGCCCGCAUCUUGCAAAAUGGACAGUUUCACACCUGGAACUCUUUCUCCGCAAGGCUACCUCCACCUCGCCUACUUCGCAACAGAAAUCAGUAUCCACCGCCGCAUCGUGCAAUCCCUCGAUAGCAGCGCCACAUCCACAACCCCCUCCACUCAGAAUCUACAGUCUAGUACAAUCGACCCCUACCUCCUCUACAUCUGCCGCUCCGCCGCCAAAACCCGCCUCAUCUCCGCCUUGGACUUCGUCAACCGCCUCAAACCCGAACACUUGAACGCAUUCUGGUACUUCCCCUCCUCUUCAAAUUUCGCUCUCAUCGGGACUUUCGGCGCUUUAUUACAAACGACUUCACCAGGAAAAGAGGAAAGCCAUUUUUAUGCUUGUAGAUUGAAUGAGUUUCGUUGGACGUUGACGGUUAGUAGGAGGAAAGCGGGGUGGAUUGAGAGGGCGUUGGAGAUGUUGGGUGCGACGGGGAAGUUGUUGAGGGGUUUGCCGGAGAAGCCGAGUUUGGGGCAUGAGAGUGGGUUGGGUGGUGGGAUGGGAGGGAGUGGGAUGGGGGCAAUACAGCAGGUGCAAGCACCGUUUGGGAGGUUUGAGAGGCGGGAGGAGUUUGAUGAGAGGGAGGAGGAGGAGAUUUAUGAGGAUGAGGAUAUGGAUAUGGAGUGAUGGGUUUUGUGCUUCUUUUGCAGGCGGGAUACCAUGCUGAGCACCACAGAGUGCAUGAGUGACAGCGAGUCCUGCCCAUCUUGGUAACGACAUUUACGAUAGACACAUGAUUUAUAUGCAUGGCUAGAGGGUUUGGGAUAUAGAUAUCCGACAUUGGUGUCGGGACAACAGGAAGCGAUGGGAUAUCUUGGG